AGUGAAGCGCAGCAUGAGCAUGGUGAAGGACGGAAAAAAAGAACACAAGAGAGGACAAAGAGAGGAAGCACCUCGCCACCACCAACAAUACGAGACGCAACUGUCUGUGAGUAAAGAAAGGGGCAGUCUUUGUAUUGUUCAAAGACUCUGGUCUGCUCUGUAUUUGUUUGCUUAAAUUAAAAUCUGCUUAGACCCAGACAUUGUAUACUAGUUCUCCUUUUCCUCUUCCCUGUCCCAAAAGUCCAAGGCACCAGUCUUUGAAUUCUGAUUCACCAUUCCAAUCAAACACACAUUUCUCCUAUUUCGCUUUCUCUUCCUGUAGGGAGUAUUUCUUUUAUACCCCACUUUCAUUCAUAGCCCUUGAGGCUAAAAACUGUUCCUUUUUCUCCAACUUUGGUUUGUGGGUUUCAAAACAAACCACCAAAAAAGAAACCCCAUUUCAAGUUUUGAUACAAUCUUUCACACUUCCUCUUGUAAUUUUCAUCUGUGUUUUGCUCAUCUGCUCAUUUUCAUUCAUACAGUUUGAGUCUUUGGUGUUAUACUCUGUGAUCAGCAAUGGGGAGAUUAGAUGACUCAGCGACAAUGGAAAUAACCGGCAAGGUUAUGGUUGUUGCAAUUGUAAUUCUAUUCUUGGUGGUGGUUUUUGUUAUUUUUCUACAUCUUUAUGCAAAAUGGUUUUGGUGGCGCAUUGAAGAACCCACUCACCCUCAACAAUCUCGCCGCCGCCAACGCCGACGCUAUGUAUUUAACUCUGGUCAAGACCCAGUGAGAAGAGGGCUAGAGCUCUCUAUACUGAGAUCCCUACCACUAGUGAUUUUCCAGCCCAAAGAUUUCCCAGGUGGACUAGAAUGUGCUGUUUGCUUAUCUGAUGCUGUAGAAGGAGAAAAGGUCAGGUUGUUGCCUAAAUGCAACCAUGGGUUCCAUCUUGAUUGUAUUGACAUGUGGUUCCAGUCCUAUUCUACUUGUCCUCUAUGUAGAAGCUCGGUAGCACCACAAGCUCAAUGCGCUAGUGGUGCCAAUAACAACAAUGACCUGGAGGUGAAUAUUCAUUCUCCGGAGGAAAUUUUUAUUUCUGGGUAUUCAAUAGAAUCUCCAGAUUUUCCAACAAACGUGUUGUUUUGGGGGGAUCAGACUCUUGUAAGCACUGGGGGCGGUUCCUUGGAAGAAGGACCUUCUUCUUCAGCUUCUUCCGCGCCAUCAUCUUCAGCUGGUGCUAGGCAUGAUGAGAUACUUGUGAUUGAUGUUCCUGUGCAAAUUACCGAUAAUCUUGCUGAGGAUCAGGAAUCAAAGUUGCCAACGCCUACGCGGUUGAGGUCAUUGAAAAGACUUUUGAGCAGGGAGAAAAGGUUACCUCCUAAUUGUUCUGAUGGUUCUGUUGAUGUUUAGUCAUUGUGAAUAAUUUAAUUCUGGUCCUGAAAGUUUCUGUAGAUGCCUGAAGAUAUUGCAUUAUCUCGGCAUCGUUCGCUUGAUAGAAAUUAUCAGAUUUGGUUCUACCAUCUUUGAGAAUUGGUGGUAAAGGAAACUUCUUUGAUUGAUUAGCUAAGUGUCAUAUGAUUCUUGAUAUACUGAAAUGGCUAAGUGUAAUUAGCCUGUUGUACAGGUCCUUUGUGGUAACUCUGGUCUUGUAACAGAGUUUCACAACAUUUGCUUGGAAUGAAUAUAUUGUAUGAGAAGAGCCGUAGACUACAAGGCUCCUCUGUUCAAGUA